AUGCACGUAAGUGCGCAAGCAAGGCAAACACUCUGUUAUCAUUGUUGUUGGAUGGCGUCCGCAGUGGUCCCCACAACAGACAGGGAACAGAUAAACAAGGCAGAUGUCACAUCUCCUUUCGGCUCCUGCGAAGUGAUAAGUGGAGAAGAUGAAGGGCUUAAGGGCAAGAAUGCUCUUCCCGCUAAUGAGGGAGAAGGGGAACAGUCAUCCAUGAAGUGUUUCACUUCAAUGAUCCCUCCGGGCGGGCUAGUUUCGACCGCCUUCAGCCUUGCCUCCAUAUGUAUCGGAGCUGGUAUCCUCGGGUUGCCCGCGGCCGCCAACAGCACUGGACUGGUCAUGACAUUUGUGUACCCUAUCAUCAUAUAUUUCCUAUGCGUAUACUCAUUAUAUUGUCUUGGUGCACAAAUGGAGCGGCAUAGAUUCAGAUCCUACGAGGGUAUGGCGCGUGCGCUGCUUGGGCAGCCUUGUUUGUACUUUACGGGGGUAUUACGUGUGGUUAACGCAUUUGGGGCAGCCGUAGCGCAGAUAAUAGCGACAGGCGAUAUUGUUAGCACAAUACUUAAGGGUACAGAUGCGCCAAACUUCCUUAAGGAGAAGUGGGGUAAUCGCCUUCUGACUUUCAUCAUGUGGCUAUGUUUUAUGCUACCACUCACCAUUCCACGAGAGGUGAAUUCCUUGAGGUAUGUCUCGACGAUUUCUGUUUUCUUCGUAUUUUACCUUAUGGUAGUUAUUGUGGUGCAUUCAUGUAUGAACGGGCUGCCGGAAAACAUUAAGAACGUACAUGUUACUGGAGCGCCAGGUGAUGAGGGCAUUCACCUCUUCGGCACCAGCAACCGGGCAGUGGAAGGCCCAGGUGUCUUUACGUUUGCAUUUUUGUGUCAUAUCUCUGUUUUUGAAAUAUAUUUCGGAAUGGCAAAGCCCAGUGCGCACAGGUUUACUGCAUACUCUGCUAUUGCCAUGGGUAUAUGUCUUGUCCUGUGUGUCAUGACAGCAUUCUUCGGUUACCUUGACUUUGGGCGUGAUGUGGCAGGCUCCGUGUUAUUGAUGUAUGACCCCGUGAAGGAGCCGGCAAUUUUGGUGGGAUUUGUUGGCCUGCUCGUAAAACUAUUCGCAUCUUACGCUCUUCUUGCAAUGACAUGCCGAAAUGGGUUGUGCGGCAUUAUCGGCUUGGAUACGGAGAAGCUUUCAUUUUUUAAGCAUUGCACUAUUAUUGGAACCAUUUCCAUAAUUAUGCUGCUUUGUGGCCUAUUUAUUCCGAACAUUAAUACAGUGUUUGGUUUCGUUGGCUCUGUGUGUGGUGGAUUUCUUGGAUUCAUCCUUCCCUCCUUAUUCAUGAUGUAUGGUGGUAACUGGUCCCUGAGUACCGUUGGGUGGCUACACUACAUUGCAACAUACGCAGUUUUAUUUGCUGGUGUUGCCUUGUCUGUAUUUGGCACUGGAGCCACUAUAUACGGAGUGGCUGUGGGCUGGUAA